AUGUCCAACAAUGCUGAUCUGCAGCUUGGACAGGUCUUCAAUGUCAAGGACAAGGUCGCCCUUGUGACUGGCGGCGGAUCUGGCAUUGGCCUGAUGAUCACGCAGGCACUGGCUGUGAACGGUGCUAAAGUGUAUAUUGUCGGCAGGACUGAAGAGAAGCUGGAGAAGGUCGCAGAGGUGCAUGGCAAAGACAUUGCUGGCGAAAUCAUUCCGCUUCAGGGCGAUGCUGCGAGCAAGGAAGGCGUACGAAAAUUUGUCAGGGAGGUUGAGUCGCGCGAAAAGUACCUCGACAUCCUCGUCAACAAUGCCGGAAUUGCACCCGGCAAGACUGAGACAAAGCACGACACUCCUGAAGCGAUGCGCGAGCACCUUCUAGACCCCACAUCAGUCGACGAGUGGACUUCAGUAUACACCACCCACGUCGUCGGACCUUUCAUGAUGACUACUGCAUUCCUACCCUACUUGCAGAUACAUGGCUACAGCGGUACCGUCAUCAACAUCACCAGCAUCUCAGGGCUCGUCAAGAUCUCACAAGACCACUACAGCUACAACGCCAGCAAGACAGCACAGAUCCAUCUGAACCGGAUGCUGUCGUCUGAGAUUGCGCAGAUGGGUUUCAAGAUUUGUGUGAACAGCAUCGCACCUGAUGUGUUUCCCAGUGAGAUGACUACCGGAGAGAGCAGAAAUGACAACCAGAAAAGCGAGAUACCAAAGGAGCACAAGGAGGGAUUGCCCUGCCAGUACCUCAACGGACAGACAAUCCCUGUCGAUGGCGACUACCUGAUCCAGGCUGGACAGUAG